CCCCAGCUCCCCUGCUCUGCGGGACAGACGUUUCAGUUGCUCGCGGCCCGGCAACCUAGUGGAUCUUAUAGCUACUCUCCCUGGUUCGCCGGUUGGCUCAUCCUCCCGGCCCCGCCAAAUAUGCUGGGAGAGCCGCCCCGACUGCGGGGCCAUGGCCAGAGCCUUCUCGUUUUCCACCGCCGCUAGCCCUGCCGAGUUGCCGGCUUCUGCGCUAGGGACCCCCAUCGCCUCCGCAGGCUGAGGAGCCGCCUCCGCCGUCACCGAGCUGUGAGGGCUACUAUGGUCUUUUUUUGCUGCCUCUUCCCCUUCCAGCCCGCGCAGGGACCCCUCUGGCUGCCCUGUCCCGCUUCAGUGUCAAACCAGAAGAGAAGUAAAACUCAGAAAAAAAUUAUGUGUGGAGUUCCUUCUUAAGAAGAAAAAAAAGUGACUAUUGAACUAUGGAUCGGAGCAAACGGAAUUCAAUUGCAGGAUUCCCUCCACGUGUGGAGCGUCUUGAAGAUUUGGAAGGAGGCGGUGGUGGGGAUUGGAAUGUGAAUCAUGUGGGAAGAGUUUGGCCAUCUUCCUAUAGGGCACUUAUAAGUGCCUUUUCCAGACUGACGCGUUUAGAUGACUUCACCUGUGAAAAAAUAGGGUCUGGUUUCUUCUCUGAAGUGUUCAAGGUGCGCCACAGAGCUUCUGGUCAGGUGAUGGCGCUGAAGAUGAACACAUUGAGCAGUAACCGGGCAAACAUGCUGAAGGAAGUGCAGCUCAUGAAUAGACUUUCCCAUCCCAACAUUCUUAGGUUCAUGGGUGUAUGUGUACAUCAAGGACAGUUGCAUGCACUUACGGAGUAUAUCAACUUUGGAAACCUUGAACAAUUACUAGACAGUAACCUGCAUUUGCCCUGGACUGUGAGGGUGAAACUGGCCUAUGACUUAGCAGUGGGCCUCAGCUACCUUCACUUCAAAGGCAUUUUCCAUCGGGACCUCACAUCCAAGAAUUGCCUGAUAAAGAGAGAUGAGAAUGGCUACUCUGCAGUGGUGGCAGACUUCGGCCUAGCUGAGAAGAUCCCUGAAGCCAGCACAGAGAGUGAGAAGCUCGCUGUGGUGGGCUCACCCUUCUGGAUGGCACCUGAAGUUCUUCGAGAUGAACCCUACAAUGAGAAGGCGGACGUGUUCUCUUAUGGCAUCAUCCUCUGUGAGAUCAUAGCCCGCAUCCAGGCUGAUCCGGACUAUCUUCCCCGCACAGAGAACUUUGGGUUGGACUAUGACGCUUUCCAGCACAUGGUGGGCGACUGUCCCCCGGAUUUUCUGCAGCUCACGUUCAACUGCUGUAAUAUGGACCCCAAACGGCGUCCAUCAUUUAUGGAGAUUGGGAGGACGCUGGACGAAAUUCUGCACCGCCUGCAGGAGGAAGAGCUGGAGCAGGACAGGAGGGUACAGCCCACAGCCAAAGGAAUCCUAGAAAAAGGACCUGGGAUGAAGCGACUGAGCUCACUAGAUGACAAGAUCCCGACCAAGUCUCCACGCCCAAGACGUACUAUCUGGCUAUCUCGAAGUCAGUCAGACAUCUUUUCCCGUAAGCCCCCACGUACAGUGAGCGUCCUGGAUCCCUAUUAUCAGCCACGAAGUGUUGCUGCCGGCACCCGCAAGAUCAACCCUUUCAGUGCUCGCCAGGACCUCAAAGGUGGCAAGGUCAAGUUCUUUGACUUGCCCAGCAAGUCUGUCAUCUCCCUAGUAUUUGACCUAGAUGCACCAGGGCCUCCUGCACCUCUGCCCCUGGCUGACUGGCAGGAACCCCUAGCGCCACCUGCUCGCCGGUGGCGUUCUUUGCCUAGUUCACCCGAGUUCUUGCACCAAGAGGCCUGUCCAUUCGUGGGCCGGGAGGAAUCAUUAUCUGAUGGACCCCCACCACGACUCAGUAGCCUCAAAUACCGAGUUAGAGAGAUCCCACCAUUCCGGGCAUCUGCCUUACCAGCUGCUUUAGCCCAUGAGGCCAUGGACUGCUCCAGUCCCCAAGAAGAGAAUGGAUUUGGACCCAGGACUCAAGUGGCCAGUCCAGGACCUGCAGGUGUCUCAGAGGAGAUGGAGGUUGAAGAAGAAAGGACAAGAAGCUUGGGCCCAGUUCCCUUCGCCACCUCAGGCAUAGGCAGGCUACCCCAGGGAGAGCAGGAUGGGUGA